AUGGACUUGGAUAUUACGAAUUGCAGCCGUGGGCUGUGGCUGGUCAAGGUACCUAAAUAUUUGGGGGACAAAUGGGCAGACUGUGCUGGUCAUGACGUUGGAAAGCUUAAGAUUACCAAGGUGCCUGGUAAACCUCCGACAAUAACCUUUAAAUCUAGUGAACAUACCUUGAAGGACGGGAAAAUUCCUCGAGAGCACAAGAUCUCGGCAGCAGCAGCUCCGAUGCUGCAGUUUCCGAGACACCAAUUGUCCUUUGAGGGACAAGUCAUCCACAAACUAGAAUGUCAGCCUGUAGUGGACGACUACUAUAUCAAUCAGAAAAGGGAAGCUGUGAAGAAAGCUGCCCAGUCUCUUCAUACAGUAAAGCUUAUUGACAGACCCCACAACGGCUAUAAGCCUAUUUCACACCAUAAACAUAAUGUUCAUUUAGAGCAGAAGAAGAAGGCAGGAGGCAAGACGAUUCGUGAUGAUAAAGAUAAGGUCAUGGAGUUGUUGUUUGCUGCAUUUGAAAAGAUCCAAUAUUAA